UGAGAACAUUCGUAGGGUAGCACACCAAAUAUGAUGUUGUGGCUUUCAGGCACGGCACCGCCGCGAUCGCGAUCUUGUGGCGACGCCUGGGGGUCUAGGACGAGCAGAAGGCCGCGGACGGGGCCGUCGGGCGGGCCGCGCUGUUGCCGACCCGCUCGCGAACGACGACGACGACGACGACGACGACGACGACGACGGCCGACCCGCUCGCGAGCUCUCAGAGCUCGCCGCCGCCAUGUCCCAGCGCCGGGAGCCUCUGGCGCCACCCGCCCCCAGCUCCCACAGGGCCCACUUGGCCAUGGGCGCAGCCUCGCGGCGGCCGUGAUAGAGCUUCGGGUGCGCCCAGCCGACCGCCGCUAUCGUCGGGUAGCCGCUGACGUUGUGUCUCCUGCACACGCCCUGGUUGGCGCGCUCCGCACAGUCCACGGCGCCGACCGAGAUCCCCUCCCUUGGAGCCUCCGCGCCAGCUGGACAUACUCGGGCUGCAGGGCCUCGCAGUGGCCGCACCACUCCGCAUGGAACAGCACCACCCACGCCUGGCCCGCGCCGCGCCGCGGCCAGUUCUCCUCGCAAAGGCUCACCACUGGCCCAGGGUACGCCGAGCCAGGGCAACCAGAGGGAGUGGGGGGGCAAAAAGAUGCCGAUGCCGCGACUCCCCUCUCGCGGAGCACGGUCUGGCCAGGAUUCCGAGGAGAAUCCAGCAGUGGCAACGAGGAAUCUCCAGGACGAGCAGCGGUAUCGUUACCUUCCCCCCCUGGGCAGACUGUUUUUUAUUAUUUACCGUAAUGGUCGUGACCUGGGGGGGGGCCGGGUUAAGGCAACGCUUGGGCAGGGUGGGGCACCGCGCGAAGAGCAGCAGCGCCGCCGGGAGCGGGCGACCGCCCUCGGCCGGGCGGCGCGCGCCCCCGCCGCCUAGGGACCAGCGGCGCAUGGCCGCCGCGGUGGGCGCACAGUUUGCCGCAACGGCGGGCGGCGCGCCU